AUGAGACCCCUGCUCUGCUGCCUGGGGCUGGCCAUGCUCCUGGGACCCUGCCUGGCCUGUCCCAGCCCCUGCUCCUGCUCCACCAAGAAGAAUGGGCGGCUGUUGGCUGAGUGUGCCUACAAGGAUCUCCAGGAGGUACCCAAGGGCUUGUCCUCCAAUGUAACCAUCCUCACCUUGUCAGUCAACAGGAUUGGCUGGUUGGGGCAAGGCUCAUUCACUGAGGUUCCUGAAGUGCAAUCACUGUGGUUGGGCUACAACCAGAUUGGGGUGGUGGAACCAGGGGCUUUUGCUCUGUUAGUGCACCUGAAGAACCUGGACCUGAGCCACAACAAGAUUGCAGAUUUCCCCUGGCAGGACCUCCGUAACCUCAGUGGUUUGCAGAUCCUGAAGAUGAACAACAACCGCCUGGCUGGGCUGCCUCGGGAUGCUUUCCACUCCUUGAAAGACCUGCGUUCUCUCUGGCUCAACGACAAUGAGUUGACCACCUUGGCCGAGGGAACCUUUGACAACUUGCCCUCCCUGUCCCAGCUGCAGAUCUUCAACAACCCCUUCAACUGCUCCUGCAAGGUCUUCUGGCUGAAGAAGUGGACUGAGAACACCUCUGUCUCCAUCGCCCAGGGAGGAUCUACCCUGUGUGUGGCUCCUGGCAGGCUGAAGGGCAGAGCAGUAACAGACAUCCCCGACCACCACUGUGUUGCCCCCUCUGUGCAGCUCACCUACCUCUCCAACGUGGACAACACCGUCACGUAUGAUGGCCUCACCCUGAUGCUGCACUGCAGUGUGGCAGGCAACCCCCUACCAGAGAUCAGGUGGAAGAUCCAGACCUCCAGCCGCCGUGUUGAGAUCAGUGGGCCCAAUGUGGCACGGGAUGGAAACGUUAAGCAGAGCCAAGCGCGCUUCUUGGUCUUCAAAAAUGGCACCAUGGCCAUCCCCAACUUCAGCAAGGAGGAUGAAGGCAUCUACACUUGCCUCGCUGUCAAUGACGUGGGCAUGCGGGAUGUCUCGGUUAACGUGGCCUUGGCUGGGUCGGAGAAUCCAGCUGAAGACCUGCUCCGAGAUGAUCCCCAAGCCAGCCAUCUCGGGGGUCGGAGCUGCUAUAAAGGGGAUGAAAUGGAUCUCUCCAGUGGCGGAGAAAAGCUGGUGAUCAUUUACCACAUGCCAAGGGAGUCGAAGAACAGGGCUGGAGGAGUGGUGCCCCAGGUCCUCCUGGGGGUCUUCUUGCUGGCUCUGGGCAUCACGCUCUGCUAUUAA